AGUUUAUAUAUUUUCAAAUCAUUCUAAAAUUUUUUUACGUGUUAAUCUUAAAAAAUAUAUUUCAAAUCAAAGUCACCAAAACCGCCAGGACUACAAAUCGUGUAGCUUCAACAAAAGUUUUAUGAUUCUGCAGAAUAUCCGCAAAAGAAAUUUUAGAAAAAAUGUCGCAAGAGUUACUACCGAUAACUGCUGAUGAAAUCCGUUUCGAUGUAAGUGAGGAGUCCGAAAUUGAAGAAGUAGUUCCUCGGAAGAGAAAUCGAUCUGCUAAUAACGAAAAUGAAAAACAAAUGUACGAACUUCGGAAUGAUAAUCUAUUAACCGAUGGGUUAAUUUUGUGUGAUAAUGAUGUAUAUCACGUUCACAGAGCAGUUCUAAGUGCUAAUAGUGAUUAUUUUCGUGCACAAUUUUGUGGUUUGAAUGCAAAACUUUCUCGUUCUGAACGUAAUCGCUAUGUGCAUAUUCGAGGUAUGAAAGCUCCUGUUCUUGAAGAGGUGAUUCGAUUCUCAUAUUUGCGGAAAUGUAAUAUCAACUUGCAAAAUAUAUAUGAUCUCUUAAUUGCUGCCGAUUAUGUAGGAAUGCCAGGCAUGAUAACAAUGUGCAAGCAGUUUUUAUAUUCAAUAAUGUCUAUGUCCAAUUGUGUUUCUGUUAUGCGCUUCGGAGAGCAACGUUUAAUGCUUGACGUACGAGCCAAGGGACGAGAUUAUGUUCUACGAAAUUUUAUAAAAAUUGCUGAAGUGAACUUGGAUAUUAUGCGUCUAAACGUCGAUGAGUUCUGCAGUUUAAUAUAUGACGACAACCUUAAUGCGCGUGAGGAAGACUCUGUGUGGAAAGCUUGCCUUAAUUGGAUUAAUUUUAAUGUGACUGAUCGUAAAAGAUUUGUGGGUAGGUUAUUGCAUGGUAUUCGCCUAGGGUUAGUAAGUUCAAAGUACUUUAUGGAUAACAUAAAGGAUCAUCCAUAUACAGUAGAUAACGAAGAGGCCAAGCCGAUUUUAUUAGAAACUUGCAAGUUUAUCUCAAAUUUGCAUAUUCCUUACCGUUUGCCAGUUAACAAGAGAGCCAAAACACCACACUUUGCUUUACCACGUUUACCACACGAAAUCAUGUUUGCCAUCGGUGGUUGGAGCGGUGGUACUUCAAAAAGUGUUGUGGAAACUUAUGAUACUAGAGCAGAUCGCUGGGUAAAAGUUAAUGUUGAUGAUCCUGCUGGUCCUAGAGGUUAUCAUGGUACUGCUGUAAUUGGUUUUAGAAUUUACUGUAUAGGUGGCUACGAUGGUAACGAAUAUUUUAAUACAUGUCGUGUUUUCGAUGCAGUCAAAAAGUCAUGGCGAGAGAUUGCACCUAUGCAUACUCGACGCUGUUAUGCAUCUGUAUCUCUUUUGAACAAUUAUAUAUACGCCGUUGGUGGUUUCGACGGCAGUAUUCGUUUGAACUGCGUAGAACGGUAUAACCCACGUACCAAUCAAUGGACUUGGAUAAGAUCAGUUAAUAUACAACGUUCUGAUGGAAGUGCCUGUACUCUUGAUAACAAAGUUUACGUACUCGGUGGUUUUAAUGGCACUGAGUGUUUAGACUCUUGUGAGUGCUAUGAUCCGGCAUUGAACGUUUGGACAGAGGUUGCUCGUAUGAAUCAUCGACGUUCUGGUGUGGCAUGCGUUGCAUAUAAUGGUUAUAUUUAUGCCGUUGGUGGUUUCAACGGCACAGCACGCCUCUCCACCGGUGAGCGUUAUGAUCCCAAAUCUAAUCAGUGGACUUUUAUUAAGGAAAUGACACAUUCGCGUAGUAAUUUCGCACUUGAAGUACUGGACGAAAUGAUUUUUGCUAUUGGAGGUUUUAAUGGUGUGUCUACUAUAUCUAGUACAGAAUGUUAUUGCCCAGAAAAUGAUGAAUGGAUGGAGACAACCUUCAUGAAUAUUAUUCGUUCUGCAUUAUCGGCAAAUACAAUAGACGGGUUGCCAAAUAAAUUGGAUUAUAUUCAUAAGGAUCGUAGUAAUUUAAUGGAGGAACGUCGUCAACGUAUUUUGGUAACUGCAGGUCGUACACCUCGCACUUAAAGAAAUAUUCAAGAGCAUCAUUUUAAAAAAAUAUUUAAAAAAAUUUUCAAAAUUCCAGUAAAAAAUUCAAAAUAUGAAAAUUAAAUUUUUCGUGGAUUUUCCUGACGUUUACAAAAUCAAUAUUUUACAGGCUGAUUGAUGGAAACGAUUUCUUUCAAUAAUACAAUUUAUGUGAUAUAUUUCGAUAGUCAUUCCCUCUACAAAAGCCUCGUAUUUAACACGUUUUAAUGAUUUGAAAAUAAGAGGAUCAAAUAUAUUUAUAUAUGCGAUAUAUAAAGAAUAAGUAUAUAUAUUUUUAAGAUUUAAACGCAAA